AUGGCAGCGGCGAUGCUAUCGAUCACGGCUGGAUAUAAAUCACGAGAGAGACAAAGUAACUUUCAACCUUCAGAGGGCGAUUCCAUCUGGCUGCUAAAUCUCUCGGACUAUGGCCUAGCCAAGGGUAUUUCCGAUCCUUUUCCUGAGGAUAACACGGAUGAGCGAUUCUACCUCUUGCCAAACCUUCAUCAACUUCAUUGA